AUGGCGCCUUUGCUGGAUCACAAAAUUGGCGACGCUAUGUUAUCUUCUUUACCUUGGCGAUCAAAAUCUAAUCUCUUAACAUGUUCACUCCUUUUGCUUAUUUACCUGACGGCGCAGCCAACCUUGGCCAAACCGAGCAGCCUCAAAGAGAUCACUGACGGAAACUGGGAAGACAUCUUGGCAGGGGAAUGGAUGAUUGAAUUGUAAGUCCAGCUAGUUAGCUAGCAAGCAUGCUAAACUAGCUGCUUAGUUUGUCUGGCUAGACAUACAGCUACGUUGCUUUGCAAUAGGUCGUUUUCUAGUCUUGACUCGGCACUUGUUGAUUGCCACACCGAGAGGGCACACCUAGCUAGCUAGUUCCGAUCUUACAUAGCCAGUCAGCUUGCUAACGCCAGCUAGCUAACGUUAAAAAAAAUUCAUAGGCUUGCAGCUAACAAUCUAAAGUCCAUGCUUUCAGAUUAAUGUCAAAUGAUGUGACAGACGAUGGUGGAGUUGGAAAGCUAGAGCUAGGCUGCUGGACUACUGAGUGUUGUUGUUAGGUAGCUAGUUGUAUGGUGUAGUUAAGACAUGUUGACCUGUCAUUCAUAACAUGUUUUUGACAACUGCUGCCAUUGAAUCUUGGGGGUAGUUGUGUCAAAUAUUUUUGUUGUUGAAAAACGGUAUCUAACGUUAGUUAAUGUUAUUGUCAUGCCAAUGUUUGGCCCCACCUCACUCGUCCCGGCAGUUUUGCCCCGUGGUGUCCGGCGUGCCAACAGCUCCAGCCCGAGUGGAAUGAGUUUGCCAACUGGGGUGAGGACAUGGGCGUCAACAUAGCGAAGGUGGACGUUACUGAACAGCCUGGUACGUUAUGUAUACCACCUCCCUGCCUUCCUGACUGCCUGUCAAUAAUUUCCCUUCUCACUUUUCACAAAGUUCUGGGGAGAAGUUUCCCCUAGGUACAGAUGAUCCUAGCUUUCCCAAUCCUAACCAUUAGUGGGUAAAAUGCUAAACUGAUCCAAGAUCACUGUCUCUAGGGCCAACUGCACCCUACUGCUUUCAGGGGAAUGAGGAGGGGAGAGGUCCACUAGGUUUUGUAGUGUAGACAAUGCAUGUGAUCUGAUCCAGCUAUAGUCCACUAUUACCAUUGAUAUAAUUUGUUAGGUCUAUCUCAUGUUUUUUGUAGACCCUUUGUAAUAUCAGUCAAGAACAAGAUGAAGUUGGUCUCAUUCAGAGAGAUAUUUACUAACAUUCUGCUCUCUCCUCCCCCAUCCCCCACCCACACCUUUAGGUUUGAGCGGGCGAUUCGUCAUCACUUCACUUCCUACAAUCUACCAGUAAGUUCUCUCUCUGGUGCCUCAAACUAUGUCUCACAUCCUGUUCCUCUCACAGUCGCAGGCCAACAAACCUCAACCACCACCCAUCCUAUUUAGACUACAGACUCAAUCUGUCUCAUCGGGAAAUGUGAUAAUCUAACCACCACAUUUUAGCCAAUAACCUCACUGGAAUAUGAGAUGCUGUUAUAUACUUUAGCUUCAGACUUUGUCUGGAAGAGGAAAUGUUUUUGAGUCUUUCUAACAUGCCCUUUUGUUGUUGCUACUGUUAUGAUUCUAGACCCAGUUUAGACACUAGCCUUAAAUGUUGCUAUAAAAUGUAUAUCAAUGGUAAAAAAACGGUAAAUAUAUGACCCUACUAUAGCUUAGUGGCGCUAAGGGCAAAUAAAACAGACUGUUUCUUUGUGGUUAAUGCCACAAUAUUGGCUUCUUAAUUUGGCUUUAAUUGUGAUAGAUCUCUAUGAUAACACCUUACGUGCGUGUGUGUGUGAAUCAGCUGUAAGGAUGGUGUAUUCCGGAGGUACCAGGGGGCUCGCACCAAAGAUGACUUCCUAAGCUUUAUUGAUGAGAAGAAGUGGCAGGGCAUUGAGCCCGUGUCUUCCUGGUUCGGACCAUCUUCCUUCAUGUGAGUGGAUUGAUGAUUGAUUAAUUGAUUGAUGUGAGUCUCUCAUUACUGGGCCUUAGUGUGUGAAACUGGAAGGGGGGAAAUACUGUAAUGCAUGAAAAGGUCCUUUGGAGGAAGGACGUUUGGUACAUAUUUUACAUUUUUGUCUAAAAGGAUUGUUGAGAAAUAAAUAAUUGGUUGGGAUAUUUGUGACGUUUUUGACCUUAGCCAGGCCACCUUUAAGACUAUAACAGGGAUGGUCAACUUUAAUGGUGUUGGGGCCACGAAAAAUUAGGGACCGCAGUGGCUCGUGGGUCUGCGUACCCACAUUCAUGCCCACACGUGCAGUCAGAGCCGGUCCCGCCCCCUACAUUUUGCCAUGGGGUGGAGAGAAAUGUCUGCAGUUUUUUAAAUGAUAUCUGGGUGAGAGUGACUAACAAAAUCAAUGGGGGUGCCCCGGUCAGUAAUUCAACCAUGAUUAAUAUAAGUUUAGAUAGCUGGCCGCUAGACAAACUUUUUUUUUUUUUGUGAACCAAUUGACAUUUUAGUCAUUUAGCAGACGCUCUUAUCCAUAGCGACUUACGAUUAGUGAGUGCAUACAUUUUUCAUACUGGCCCCCCAAAAUUUAUUUUUGCUGACAUGGGCUAUCAAGAGCAAAACUGCUGAUGCACAACCAUAUUUAGAAAUUGCACCUUGUGUAUUCUACUAUUCUAACUCGCAACAGUAAGUUGAGACCCCGACUGAGUUCUUAAAAAUGAGAGAGGGAGUGAGUACAUUGUUACGUCAUGCCAAUAAAGCAAAUUGAAUUGAGAGAGAGUUUUUAAUUUGAUGCGCGGCCUUACAAAAGGGGGCCUGUGGGUCACCAGUUACCCAUCCCUGCUUUAUAACAUGUAGUGACUGAGUCUGAAUUACAUUUGACAUUUUAGUCAUUUAGCAGACGCUCUUAUCCAGAGCGACUUACAGUUAGUGAGUGCAUACAUUUUCAUACGGGCCCCCUGUGGGAAACGAACCCACAACCCUGGCGUUGCAAGCGCCAUGCUCUACCAACUGAGCUACAGGGGACUAUGUGAAUGUAGCCAGUGUGUUUUAUGUCAGUAGAUGACAGUGAAUAAAUAGCUGCAGUUCAUUUCCAUGUAUAGUCUUCUCUAAAACCACAACCAAUUAUUACACAUGACCACGCACAAUCUUCUUAUCACUUCCGCACGCACACUACACUUCAGAACAAUAGGACAUAUCAAACACUACACUUCAGAACAACAGGACAUAUCAAACACUACACUUCAGAACAACAGGACAUAUCAAACACUACACUUCAGAACAACAGGACAUAUCAAACACUACACUUCAGAACAACAGGACAUAUCAAACACUACACUUCAGAACAACAGGACAUAUCAAACACUACACUUCAGGACAUAUUAAACACUACACUUCAGAACAACAGGACAUAUUAAACACUACACUUCAGAACAACAGGACAUAUUAAACACUACACUUCAGAACAACAGGACAUAUUAAACACUACACUUCAGAACAACAGGACAUAUCAAACACUACACUUCAGAACAGCAGGACAUAUAAAACACUACACUUCAGAACAACAGGACAUAUCAAACACUACACUUCAGAACAACAGGACAUAUCAAACACUACACUUCAGAACAACAGGACAUAUCAAACACUACACUUCAGAACAACAGGACAAUCAAACACAAUUCAGACUACAACACUACACUUCAGAACAACAGGACAUAUCAAACACUACACUUCAGAACAACAGGACAUAUCAACACACACUUCAAACACAGGACUAUCAAACUAACACAGGACAUAUCAAACACUACACUUCAGAACAACAGGACAUAUCAAACACUACACUUCAGAACAACAGGACAUAUCAAACACUACACUUCAGAACAACAGGACAUAUCAAACACUACACUUCAGAACAACAGGACAUAUCAAACACUACACUUCAGAACAACAGCACAUAUCAAACACUACACUUCAGAACAACAGGACAUAUCAAACACUACACUUCAGAACAACAGGACAUAUCAAACACUACACUUCAGAACAACAGGACAUAUCAAACACUACACUUCAGAACACAGGAACAUAUCAAACCACUACACUCAGAAACAACAGUGACAUAUCAAACACUUACACUAGAAAUCUAACAAGGACAUAUCAAACCACAACUUCAGAACAACAGAACAUAUCAAACAUACACUUCAGAACACAGGACAUAUCAAACACUACAUUCAGAACAACAGGACACAAUAAUCAACACGACAUAACACUACACUUCAGAACAACAGGACAUAUCAAACUACACUUCGGAACAACAGGACAUAUCAAACACUACACUUCAGAACAACAGGACAUAUCAAACACUACACUUCAGAACAACAGGACAUAUCAAACACUACACUCAGAACAACAGGACAUAUUAAAACUACACUUCAGAACACAGGACAUAUCAAACACUCAAAUUAGAACACAGGACUAUCGAACACUACCUUCAGAACAACAGGACAUAUCAAACACUACACUUCAGAACAACAGGACAUAUCAAACACUACACUUCAGAAAAACAGACAUAUCAAACACUACACUUCAGAACAACAGGACAUAUCAAACACUACAUUCAGAACAACAGGGACAUAUCAAACACUACACUUCAGAACAACAGACAAUCAAACACUAAACUUGAACAGAAGCUACAUAGAUACGCAUACACACUACACUUCAGAACACAGACUAUCAAACACUACACUUCAGAACACAGGACAUAUCAAACUACACUUCAGAACAACAGGACAUAUCAAACCAUACACUUCAGAACAAUUACUAUAUAAACAAAUGUCAGAACACAGACAUAUCAAACACUACACUUCAGAACAGCAGGACAUAUCAAACACUACACUUCAGAACAGCAGGACAUAUCAAACACUACACUUCAGAACAACAGGACAUAUCAACAUACACUUCAGAACAACAGGACAUAUAACACUACACAGAACAACAGGACAUAUCAAACACUACACUUCAGAACAACAGGACAUAUCAAACACUACACUUCAGAACAGCAGGACAUAUCAAACACUACACUUCAGAACAACAGGACAUAUCAUCCUCUUCUGGUAGUUACUGAGCCUCUUAGUUUUGUGUUUAGACAUCCAACCAACACACCCAAGAAUACAACAGGUGUAGUAGACCUUACCGUGAAAUGCUUACUACAAGCCCUUAACCAACAAUGCAGUUAAGAAAAUAUUUACUAAAUAAAGAAAAGUAAAAAAAAAUAAGUAACACAAUAAAAUAACAAUAAUGAGGCUAUAUACAGGGGGUACCGGUACCGUGUCAAUGUGCUGGGGUACAGGUUAGUCAAGGUAAUUUGUACAUGUAGGUAGGGGUAAAGUGACUAUGCAUAGAUAAUAAACAGCGAGUUGCAGCAGUGUAAAAACAAAGGGGUGGGGGGUGGGGUGUCAAUGCAAUAGUCCGGGUGGCCAUUUUAUUAAUGGUUCAGCAGUCUUAUGGCUUGGGGGUAGAAGCUGUUAAGGAGCCUUUUGGACCUAGACUUGGCGGUCCGGUACCGCUUGCUGUGUGGUAGCAGAGAGAACAGUCUAUGACUCGGGUGACUGGAGUCUUUGACAAUUUCUUUGGGCCUUCCUCUGACACCGCCUAGUAUAUUGCUCCUGUAAGUCGCUCUGGAUAAGAGCGUCUGCUAAAUGACUAAAAUGUAAAAUGUAUAUAGGUCCUGGAUGGCAGGAAGCUUGGCCCCAGUGAUGUACUGGGUCGUACGCACUACCCUCUGUAGCGCCUUACGGUCGGAUGCCGAGCAGUUGCCAUACCAGGCGGUGAUGCAACCGGUCAGGAUGCUCUCGAUGGUGCAGCUGUAUAACUUUUUGAGGAUCUGGGGACCCAUGCCAAAUAUUUUCAGUCUCCUGAGGGGGAAAAGGUGUUGUCGUGCCCUCUUCACGACUUUCUUGGUGUGUUUGUACCAUGAUAGUUUGACACUUUAACCAGGUUAACUGGUAAUUCUUAGAUUAUCUCAUUAAAAUGUCUAAAAAAGUAUUUCUCCCUUUUCUCCCCCUGAAGGAUGAACACAAUGUCCGCUCUCUUCAAGCUGUCAAUGUUCAUUAGGGUGAGUGCUGCUUUUGCCUUCUCUCUGUGAGCUGUCAGACCCCGUUCACACCACACCAACAUUAUGGAUGCAUCCCAAAUGGCACCCUAUUCCCUAUGUAGUGCACUACUUUUGACCAGGGCCCGAUUUCCCGUUUGCAAUGGAAUUUUAGGCUUACAGAGUGUUUUAGCUAUGCAUAUUUCCUCCAACGCCAAAGAUGUAACAUGUUUCCCAAAACACCACGCAGAGAGAACGUUCGAUAAGUGUGUCGUUGAGUCGUGUCGAUACUGAUAGGAUGGAAAGUAAGCAGUGCUGCUCUCAGAUCAGCUUUCUCCAUUCAAAUCUCACCUUAACCUUUGCCCUCAGAACAGCCUCAAUUCGUCGGGGCAUGGAAUCUACAAGGUGUCAAAAGCGUUCCACAGGGAUGCUGGCCCAUGUUGACUCCAAUGCUUCCCACAGUUGUGUCAAGUUGGCUGGAUGUCCUUUGUGUGGGUGGACCAUUCUUUAUUCACACGGGAAACUGUUGCGUGUGAAAAACCCAGCAGCGUUGCAGUUCUUGACAAACCGGUGCGCCUGGCACCUACUACCAUACCCCGUUCAAGGCAAUUAAAUAUUUUGUCUUGCCCAUUCACCCUCUGAAUGGCACACAUACAGUCGUGGUCAUACGUUUUGAGAAUGACACAAGUAUUGGUCUUCACAAAGUUUGCUGCUUCAAUGUUUUUAGAUAUUUUUGUCAGAUGUUACUAUGGUAUACUGAAGUAUAAAUGCAAGCAUUCCAUAAGUGUCAAAGGCUUUUAUUGACAAUUACAUUAAGUUUAUGCAAAGAGUCAGUGUUGACCCUUCUUUUUCAAGACCUUGGCAAUCCACCCUGGCAUGCUGUCAAUUAACUUCUGGGCCACAUCCUGACUGAUGGCAGCCCAUUCUUGCAUAAUCAAUGCUUGGAGUUUGUCAGAAUUUGUGGGUUUUUGUUUGUCCACCCACCUCUUGAGGAUUGACCACAAGUUCUCAAUGGGAUUAAGGUCUAGGGAGUUUCCUGGCCAUGGACCCAAAAUGUCGAUGUUUUGUUCCCCGAGCCACUUAGUUAUCACUUUUGCCUUAUGGCAAGGUGCUCCAUCAUGCUGGAAAAGGCAUUGUUCGUCACCAAACUGUUCUUGGAUGGUUGGGAGAAGUUGCUCUCUGAGGAUGUGUUGGUACCAUUCUUUAUUCAUGGCUGUGUUCUUAGGAAAAUUUGUGAGUGAGUCCACUCCCUUGGCUGAGAAGCAACCCCACACAUGAAUGGUAUCAGGAUGCUUUACUGUUGGCAUGACACAGGACUGAUGGUAGCGCUCACCUUGUCUUCUCCGGACAAGGAGUUUUCCGGAUGCCCCAAACAAUCGGAAAGGGGAUUCAUUAGAGAAAAUUACUUUACCCCAGUCCUCAGCAGUCCAAUCCCUGUACCUUUUGCAGAAUAUCAGUCUGUCCCUGAUGUUUUUCCUGGAGAGAAGUGGCUUCCUCGCUGCCCUUCUUGACACCAGGCCAUCCUCCAAAAGUCUUCGCCUCACUGUGCGUGCAGAUGCACUCACACCUGCCUGCUGCCAGUCCUGAGCAAGGUCUGCACUGGUGGUGCCCCAAUCCCGCAGCUGAAUCAACUUUAGGAGACGGUCCUGGCGCUUGCUGGACUUUCUUGAGCGCCUUGAAGCCUUCUUCACAACAAUUGAACCUCUCUCCUUGAAGUUCUUGAUGAUCCGAUAAAUGGUUGAUUUGGGUGCAAUCUUACUAGCAGCAAUAUCCUUGCCUGUGAAGCCCUUUAUGUGCACAGCAAUGAUGACGGCACAUGUUUCCAUGCAGGUGACCAUGGUUAACAGAGGAAGAACAAUGAUUUCAAGCACCACCCUCCUUUUAAAGCGUCCAGUCUGUUAUUCUAACUCAAUCAGCAUGACAGAAUGAUCUCCAGCCUUGUCCUCGUCAACACUCUCACCUGUGUUAACGAGAGAAUCACUGACAUGAUGUCAGCUGGUCCUUUUGUGGCAGGGCUGAAAUUCAGUGGAAAUGUUUUUUGGGGAUUAAGUUCAUUUUCAUGGCAAAGAGGGACUUUGCAAUUCAUCUGAUCAUUCUUCAUAACAUUCUGGAGUAUAUGCAAAUUGCCAUCAUAAAAACUGAAGCAGCAGACUUUGUGAAAAUUAAUAUUUUGUGUCAUUCUCAAAACUUUUGACCACGACUGUACACAAUCCAAUGUCUCAAUUGUCUCAGGGCUUAAAAAUCCUUCUUUAACCUGUCUCCUCCCCUUCAUCUACACUGAUUGAAGUGGAUUUAACAGGUUACAUCAAUAAGGGAUCAUAGCUUUCACCUGGAUUCACCUGGCCAGUCUAUGUCAUGGAAAAAACAGGUGUCCUUAAUGUUUUGUACACUCAGUGUAUGUGGCCUAUAUUAUAGGUACAAUAUUUAUCUUUUAAUGCAGUCAUCUCGGUUUUUCAUUUUUAUCCUUCGCUUGUUUGUAACAAUUGCAAAGACAUUGGCAAUUUGAAACUGACAGUUGACUUCUUGUCUUCUCUCCCUGCAGCGUUGCCAUAACUACCUGAUAGAGCAGCUGGGGAUUCCAGUGUGGGGCUCGUAUGUCAUCUUUGGACUGGCCACUCUCUUCUCCGGCCUAGUCCUGGGACUGGUACGUUAGUCAUACUCCUUGAUAUUUGAUCCCUAUGUGAUGUCUUUGUUUGAUUUUAAAUGCGCUAGGAUUUGAUUUAUUGCACUUUUUGAUUUUAAUGUACUUUUAAUGUAAUGUGUCCUGAAAGGUGUCUGGUCAUAUAAAAAGUAUUGUUAUUAUUUAGUAUUAUGUGCCCUCAGAUUGUGGGUCACCGAGACACAUGUAAACAAUGGAGUAAAUGCAUCCCAUUUAUAUUUUGUAGAAAAAUGACUGGCUGUGGAAGUUAUUGGAGGCAAAGAAUGCGAGCGAUAUCAAUAUCUUACAGUAACAUCAACUCUGCUCUCCUCACCAACCUAACCAGCUUCUCUUGUGCCUUCUCUUCCCAGAUACUGGUGUUCAUUGCAGAUUUUGUAUUCCCAUCACGGCGAUUUAACUCCCCAAACUACUACCAGAGUGAGUAUGAGAUGGCAGAGAAUCCAUGUCCAUGCAAAUGGAACUUUGUGAAAUGUACAGCCCUGUGUUAUGUGCUGACAUUAAACAACUAAGCUGAACUCUUGGAGAGGGUAUAGCAGUAGCAGAAUACGGUCAUCUUUUAGCUUUUGUCUUUAAAGAGAACAGACAUUCGUCUUUUUUGUAUUCUUCCUAAGUUGUGUACCAGUGUACAGAGCAGUGGCAUGGAUAGUGCAGGAUGUAGUAUAAUGUCUUUGUUUUUGUCCUGUCCUGUUAUCCAUAUAGUCUCUAUUGACCUGUCCUGUUAUCCAUAUAGUCUUUAUUGACCUGUUAUUCAUAUAGUCUUUAUUGUCCUGUUAUCCAUAUAGUCUUUAUUGUCCUGUUAUCCAUAUAGUCUUUAUUGUCCUGUUAUCCAUAUAGUCUUUAUUGUCCUGUUAUCCAUAUAGUCUUUAUUGUCCUGUUAUCCAUAUAGUCUUUAUUGUCCUGUUAUCCAUAUAGUCUUUAUUGUCCUGUUAUCCAUAUAGUCUUUAUUGUCCUGUUAUCCAUAUAGUCUUUAUUGUCCUGUUAUCCAUAUAGUCUUUAUUGUCCUGUUAUCCAUAUAGUCUUUAUUGUCCUGUUAUCCAUAUAGUCUUUAUUGUCCUGUUAUCCAUAUAGUCUUUAUUGUCCUGUUAUCCAUAUAGUCUUUAUUGUCCUGUUAUUCAUAUAGUCUUUAUUGUCCUGUUAUUCAUAUAGUCUUUAUUGUCCUGUUAUUCAUAUAGUCUUUAUUGUCCUGUUAUUCAUAUAGUCUUUAUUGUCCUGUUAUUCAUAUAGUCUUUAUUGUCCUGUUAUUCAUAUAGUCUUUAUUGUCCUGUUAUUCAUAUAGUCUCUAUUGUCCUGUUAUUCAUAUAGUGUUUGUUAUUGUCCCAUUCCAGAGAAACAGACGAUGGAACAAGCCAGGCUGAUUCAGCAGCUGGAGGAAGAGCAGGAGGCGGAUGGAGAGGAGGAUGAUGAUGAGGACGAUGAAGAUGGAGAACAGGACAAUGUCUGGAGGAGGAGGACAGCGUCUCCCAAGGGGAGUCCAGAGGAGGUGCUGCGAAAGAGAGUGGUGGGCAUCCGUGAGGACCAGGAUGAGGAGGACUCCUAG